GCUCUUUGCGGCUUUUCGUUGUGUCUGCUUAACAAAGACAGCAUUCUAUUCCAUUCAUUCUUUAUCUUCUUGCUGCUCUGAAUGGGUUUCUUUCAAGUCCAAUCACAGUUUGCCCGAGGAACAUAAACGGUCAAUCUUUUCAAGCGAUAUUCCAUACCCGCGGCGCUACUAGUACCUUUCGAACUCGCAAGAUUUUCUUCCUCCACGCCAGUUCUGCGAACGAAAAGAAGUGAAAAUAGAAAAUAAAAGCAUAAAAGCGAAGGACGCUUUUUGUUUUAAUUUUUCCUAUUCGAUAUGGCUACGGAGGAGAACGAGGUUAAAAAGGAUGAGCAGCGUCUGGACACCACCCACGAAGAGGGCGGUGAUGACGAGGAAGAAAUCGCGGCGAUGAAACGACGAGUAGAGGAGAUGGAAUCCGAGGCUGCAAAGUUACGCGAGAUGCAGGCCACUCUCGACCAGCAAUCAGAGAAUCUACGAGAAGAUAAAGAAGAGAUUGAUGCUCGCAGUAUCUUCGUUGGCAACGUGGACUACGGCGCGUCUCCAGAGGAGAUCCAAGCACAUUUCCAGAGCUGCGGUUCAAUAAAUCGCGUCACCAUUCUCCUAGACAAAUACACUGGUCAGCCAAAAGGAUACGCCUACGUAGAAUUCGCAGAACCGAGUCUCGUUGCACAAGCGCUCGUCCUGAAUGAGAGCGUCUUCCGGGGUCGGAACCUGAAGGUUGUUCCCAAGCGGACCAAUGUGCCUGGCAUGAGUCGAGGCCGUGGACGAGGUGGUUUCCGAGGGGGGCGUGGUUUCUACGGGCGUGGUGGCUAUCCACCUCGCGGGGCCUAUCGUGGCGGUGGUUACCGCGGCCGAGGACGGGGGUAUGCACCGUAUUAGAGCGGAUCAGUGACAAUCCCCUAUGAAGGAAACCUAAGAGACGUAAGUAAAGGCACAGGGGGGAGACACGACAGGAAGCCCCAUUAGCAACACAGCUGCGGAACUAAAAUGUGACAUUCUGAUUUAUGGAUGAGUCCUCUGGAGUUAUGGCCUGGGGUGUAUGAUACUUUAAGACUAUCCAGCAAGGGACUGGGACAAGGAUGGUUGAUUAUUAGUGAGAUCUCUUUGUGAUAUCCUCAUCAUUGGUAUCAUCGCGUAAUGAUUGAUCUGGUGAAAAAUUGAGACCAGCUUUAUUUUCUUACUUUUUAUUUAUUUAUUUAUUUUUGAUGGACUAUGAGAAUAUGUGCCAGUCAUCGAUAAAUAAUCAUAUAUAAUAUAUUAUUAACUGAUCGAGAA